GCCGGGACGCGGGCGCGCUCUCAGGCGGGCUCUGGCUACAGCUACGCUAGCGCUGCGAUGGGGAGCGGCGGCGUGAUCCACUGUAGAUGUGCCAAGUGUUUCUGUUACCCUACAAAGCGAAGAAUAAGAAGGAGACCCCGAAACCUGACCAUCUUGAGUCUCCCCGAAGAUGUGCUGUUUCACAUCCUGAAAUGGCUUUCUGUGGAGGACAUCCUGGCAGUCCGAGCCGUGCACUCCCAGCUGAAGGACCUGGUGGACAACCACGCCAGCGUGUGGGCAUGUGCCAGCUUCCAGGAGCUGUGGCCGUCUCCAGGGAACCUGAAGCUCUUUGAAAGGGCUGCUGAAAAGGGGAAUUUUGAAGCUGCUGUGAAGCUGGGCAUAGCCUACCUCUACAAUGAAGGCCUGUCUGUGUCUGAUGAGGCCCGUGCGGAAGUGAAUGGCCUGAAGGCCUCUCACUUCUUCAGUCUCGCGGAGCGGCUAAACGCUGGUGCCGUGCCCUUCAUCUGGCUCUUCAUCCGCCCUCCGUGGUCAGUGAGCGGAAGCUGCUGCAAGGCCGUGGUUCACGAGAGCCUCAGGGCAGAGUGCCGACUGCAGAGGACUCACAAAGCAUCCAUAUUGCACUGCUUGGGCAGAGUGCUGAGUCUGUUUGAGGAUGAAGAAAAGCAGCAGCAGGCUCAUGACCUGUUUGAAGAGGCUGCUCAUCAGGGAUGUCUGACCAGCUCAUACCUCCUCUGGGAAAGCGACAGGAGGACAGAUAUGUCAGAUCCUGGGCGAUGUCUGCACAGCUUCCGAAAACUCAGGGACUACGCUGCCAAGGGCUGCUGGGAAGCGCAGCUGUCUUUAGCCAAAGCCUGUGCAAAUGGAAACCAGCUUGGACUGGAGGUGAGAGCUUCCAGUGAGAUCGUCUGCCAGCUGUUUCAGGCCUCCCAGGCUGUCAGUAAGCAGCAAGUCUUCUCUGUGCAGAAGGGACUCAAUGACACAAUGAGGUACAUUCUGAUCGACUGGCUGGUGGAAGUCGCCACCAUGAAGGACUUCACGAGCCUGUGCCUGCACCUGACCGUGGAGUGUGUGGACCGCUACCUGCGGAGGAGGCUGGUGCCGCGAUACAGGCUGCAGCUGCUGGGCAUUGCCUGCAUGGUCAUCUGCACCCGGUUCAUCAGUAAAGAGAUCCUGACCAUCCGGGAGGCUGUGUGGCUCACAGAUAACACGUAUAAGUAUGAGGACCUGGUGAGAAUGAUGGGCGAGAUCAUCUCCGCCCUGGAAGGGAAGAUUCGAGUCCCCACUGUGGUGGAUUACAAGGAGGUCCUGCUGACGCUAGUCCCUGUGGAGCUGAGAACCCAGCACCUGUGCAGCUUCCUCUGCGAGCUCUCCCUGCUGCACACCAGCCUGUCUGCCUACGCCCCGGCCCGCGUGGCUGCCGCAGCCCUGCUCCUGGCCAGACUGACACAUGGGCAGACACAGCCCUGGACCACUCAGCUGUGGGACCUCACCGGAUUCUCCUAUGAGGACCUCAUUCCCUGCGUCUUGAGCCUUCAUAAGAAGUGCUUCCACGAUGACGCCCCCAAGGAUUACAGGCAGGUCUCUCUGACUGCCGUGAAGCAGCGAUUUGAGGACAAGCGUUACGGGGAGAUCAGCCAUGAAGAGGUGCUAAGCUACAGCCAGUUGUGUGCGGCAUUAGGAGUGACACAAGACAGUCCUGAACCCCCAACCUUCCUCAGCACAGGAGAGAUCCAUGCCUUCCUCAGCUCUCCCUCAGGGCGGAGAACCAAACGGAAGCGGGAGAAUAGCCUCCAGGAGGACAGGGGCAGCUUUGUCACCACCCCUACUGCGGAGCUGUCCAGCCAGGAGGAGACGCUGCUGGGCAGCUUCCUCGACUGGAGCCUGGACUGCUGCUCUGGCUACGAAGGCGACCAGGAGAGUGAGGGCGAGAAGGAGGGUGAUGUGACAGCUCCCAGUGGCGUCCUCGAUGUCACCGUGGUCUACCUGAACCCAGAACAGCAUUGCUGCCAGGAAUCCAGUGAUGAGGAGCCUUGCCCAGAGGACGAGGGGCCCCAGGACCCACAGGUGUUGGCGCUGGACACCUGGAUCCCUGCAGUCCCAGGACCCGAGUCCCCGCUCCGCACCAGCCAACAGCCAGGGAAGGACAUCACGACCUCAGGGUACUCCUCUGUCAGCACCGCGAGUCCCACAAGCUCUGUGGACGGCAGCUUGGGGGUCCUGCCCCGAUCUACCUCAGUGCUGUCUCUGGACAGUGACUCGCACACACAGCCCUGCCACCAUCAGGCCAGGAAGUCAUGUUUACAGUGUCGUCCCCCAAGUCCCCCGGAGGGCAGUGUUCCCCAGCAACAGGUGAAGCGGAAAAAUCUAUGUGUGCACAGUGAGGAGGAAGGCAUGAACUGGGGCUUGUGAGGCUGUGAGGACGUCAGCGUGUGUGUCGCGGUGGAUGUGUACUGGGGGGGCUGCGAGCCAGGGGUGGGAGCACAACAUAGGAUUGCUGUUUAGACACCGGCGGCCUUUGCACAGAGCAGAGAGGGUGACUUGUGGCCACCAAUUUUCUUUCUCCGUGGAAGUCACGUGAGUCAUCAGAAUGUCCAAAUGAGCGUGAAGAGCUCAGAUCCAUCUCUUUGGAAAGUUUAGCCUCAAAGCAGACAGCCGCACUGCGUGGAGGGCACCUCUCUGUCCUUCCUGUGUCCCACUGUCUCUGGAAACUUCAGCCUGUAUGUGUCCUGGUCUUCCCAGCCCCACCAGAGCCCCGUACCGGGAGCUGACAGCUUUCACUCAGAGCACAUGUGCCCUGGGUAGUCAGACACCACUCGAGCCCCUGCCCAUGUCUGUCUGGUUUGGGGCCCCAGUGGGGAGUUGACAGCUCGGAGCAUACCACUGUCCCUUCAGUGUGUCCCCUCAUCCACCUUGUCCUGUGUGGGCACCCACUUCCUUCUGGCUAGGGAUUCUGUUGCCAGAGCGCCUGUGUGCCUGCACACUGCGUGGAUUGCCUUUGGCCACAGUCCUACUCCCUAAGACAUGUUAGUCAUUUUAGAGCUCUGUCCCAGAGGCGUUUGACCCACAGAUGGUGUCAAU